GAAUGAACUCUUGCUUGGAAAGAAGACUAGAAGUGAGUCCUUGAAGAGGGAGUCAAAGAAGUAGAGUGUUUAAUCUUUCAACCUCUCUGGUUCAUCUUUACUUCAAACGCUGUAUUGACAUUGUCAAGCUCUUCGAGCGAGGGGUUUGUACCGGGUUUGUAUUGUCGAGAUUUCUCCUUCGACACUUCACCCCAUUUCACGAUACGCAGACGGAGUAUAUAUUUUUUUCCUUGUGAAUUUAUUUGCGGUAUAUUAUACUUGAAAAGGAUUCUCGGGGAUUCAAAGUUAUCAGUCGACCUUCGCAAGCUGAAUGAUUUCCCAAGAUAUGGAAUAAUUUGGAAUACUCGCAUGAUCAAAGCUGUCUAACUUUUGGCUGGAACCAUUUUCAGAGGAGUUUUACAAAGACUUAACAGAUAUUACAAUGUUUUGAAGAAAUGGAGGACAUUUCUUAUCAAACCAGGGAUUAACAGAGAAAGGAUCCAAAAACUAUGGCAUCUUAUAGGAAUCACCCAGUCCCCCAAGGUAUGAACACUCAGUAUGGAAUGCAAUCACCCAAUGAUAACAAUCAAUUUGAUUGGAUGAUGGAUCAAUUAAUGGAAGGACAAGGAGGAGAAGGAGGAGGACCUGGAGAUAAUCUACUUCACAUGAUACUCGAAGAGGAUGAAGGAGAACACAGCAGAAAUGAAGGAUUUGAAACUGAUACAGAUGGUGGACCCGUACAUGCUGGGUAUGUAACAUCAGAGGAUGAGUAUAAAACUCAGUCAGUGGUGCGCCCAAUGUCACAUGACCAAUCAGGUGAUCAAUCUCAAGGAUCAACCCCAAGGAAAGGCCGUAAGAAGAGGUUGAUUGAUCCAUUUGGAGAGCUUCCUCCAAUCAAAGAUAUCCUAGAGACUGAUGACCUGGAUGAAUUUGGAGAGACCAAGAAGAGGAAGAAGAAGCAGCGGGUAAAGCGGUUUAAAUGCACCCAAUUCACUGAACCUGACAAACAACUCGCUUGGACUAUAUUCAGAACAGCUGACAGAGAUAAUGACGGCAAACUCAGUAGGAAAGAGUUUGGCACGAUCAUGAAUUCUCCUCGACUGGAUCUAGAAGUCUCUAAAGAUGAUGUCACUAAACUGAUGAAAGAUAUCUGCCAUAAACGAGAUAACAUCAAAGAUUCUCCCAUGACAUUUGAUGAGUUCCUUCCAUUUGGUGUCCAUCUGCUCAAGUUUUUCUACAGCAAGAAGGAUGUCAAUUCUGAGAACCACUGGGUUGUACUGGAUAAAGGCCCAAAGAGUGGAGUGAUAUACUUCAACAAAGAAACGGGCGAGGCUUGUACCACAAGACCAUUGGAUUACGAUGCAUGGCAUUUCCAAGAACCGGAUUUAUUUGAGAGGUCUCUGAUGGAUCUCUUUGAGAUUGCUGAUAUGAAUAAUGAUGGGAAGAUAAACAUUAAUGAUUUCAUCAGGAUAAUAAAUUCAGUGAACUACGGCUUGCAGUUGACCGAUGAAGAUUUGGAUCAAAUCAACAAUCAUUUUGUCAAUGAGGCUGGGAGGAAGAUUAACAUGCCAUAUGCUUUCUUUGUUCCCAUGGCAAAGAGACUCAUCGUUACUAUCUACAGAGCAAGAGAUCCAUAUCCUCAUGAAUGGUGCCACCUUUACACUGGUAACGUAGGAUCAUUCUGGUUCAAUAAGAGAACAGGAGAAUCAUCGCGUGUCCCACCCAAGAAGUACAUUACAGAACAGCAACACAGACUGGUAGAUAGAGAACUUGAGAUGGAACUGUUGACAAAAUCAGCAGAAGAUCUAGCUUCUACGAGGAGUGAACUAGAGAAAGAACGAAAACGUAGACAGGAUCUUGAGAAGAAGCUGAGUACUGUAUCUAGAGAAAACAGCAGCAAUGCUAGUGCUCUGGAAAAAACUACUAAAACCUUGGAGAAGACUAAAACAGAGAAUGAAAUGAGAGGAAAGCAGAUUGAGCAUCUAGAAAGAGAAAUAGAGAAACUCAACACCAAGAUGAAAGGAUUAGAAUCCAGAGCUGCUGAAGGAGACAAAGCUGAACAGAAUCUAGAAUCGGUGCGAGAUAUGCUCAAAGUAACACAGUCUACCGUCAGAGAGAAAGACUUUGAUCUCCGUCAGUUGAAGAGCAAGCUUGAUGAAACCAACAAGAUGUUGGGCGAGACAAAGGAGAAUGUUGAGAUGUUAGAAGCUAAGGUGGCCGAUCUUCACCAUCAACUCAGGGUUGAAAUCAAGAGAAAUCAACAGAUGGAAGAAGAGAUGAAGGUUAUUCCUUUAUUGAAGAAAGAUCUUUCUGAAACAGAUGAGAGAGUGGCGGCCGUACAGAGUGUCUUGGAUGAGAAAAAGACUCAACUCACACAUGCUAGAUACAUCUUGAGAGAUAACAAGCAAACUAUCAAGAAUCUCGAGGAUGAAAUAGAUCGUCUGGUUGCCGUGGAAACGGAGAUGGAACAUGCUAAAUGUGAGGUUGACACAUUAAAGAAGCUAUUAGAUGGAAAGGAUCGUCUGGUCAUAAAACAAGCUCAACAGAUUGCUAAUGCAACGGGGAAUAGAAAGUCAAUGGAAUCGCUAAACUAUACAUUACGGACAUGUAGUGAUCCAUCAUGUCCACUCUACCAGAACCCGAAGAAGACACAAGGAAUGCAGACGAAUGGACAUCAUAAGUCGGCGCCAAGACAAGGCGCCUCACCAGAAGACAUCUCUGAUGAAGGCGAGGAGUACUCCUUCUAUCCGAAGAGAAAGUCGCCAACGAAAGCCAUCGAUACGUCCAAGAAAAGCUUCCUCCGUUUCCUAGAGAACGAUGGUAACCAUGAUGACAUGCCAACAGUGUAUGACCUCUAUGAACCCAACGGAGUUUACUCCCCACAAGACAAGAGGUCGGGCUCUCCGAGGUCACACCAGCGUGUACGACCCAAGUCGUGCGUUGCUAGGAUACAGAGGAGGGAUAAGUCUGCACUGCCCACAGGAACACGUCUCUAUGAAGAUGAUUUCAUGGUGGCUCAGUUUGUACAUGUUGGAGAUCGAGUCAGGGUCAAGAAGAAUGCUUCAAAGAUCAUAUCAAUGAAACCAAGUGAUUUUAUGACAGGGAUUGUGAAGUUUGUUGGCAAGAUAGACAAAGAUCAUAUCGACCAUCAUAUAUAUGUGGGACUGAGGCUGGACGAACCAACGGGAGACACUGAUGGGAUCAUCAACGGGAAGAGAUACUUUCAUGCUAACAAGAGACAUGGCAAGAUAGUGAAGAUAACCGACAUCUUCCUUGUUCUCAAUGCAAAGACUGCGACAUACCAGAGAAUCAAUGAGUUGGUGAGAGAGUUGAGGCACAAAACAGGGACAACGAAGACUUACAGAGAUGGGGAGCCUGAACUCAUCGAAAUACCUUGAAUAAUGGACAUUUGUCUACCAUGGAUGCAAAGACAUUGAUGAAUGGCCUUAACUCAUUGAAAUACUUUAAAUAAUGGACAUGUCUGUACCGUGUACGCAAAGAAUUGGUGAAUGAGCCAGAACUCAUUGAAAUAAAGUAGAAUCUGCAAAAAAUGUUGCAGGGAGUAAUUUUGAUUACCACAACUGAUAAGCAUUUUUGGUCAAGAGAGAAAAGCUACGUUCUGUACACUCUUAUGCCAAAAAUUUGCUACACUGGAGACUCUUUGUGUAGCAGUCUUUAAAAUGUGAAGCGAAUUUGAUAUAUGAUACUAGGAAAAUUAUUCCCGGGGUUGAAUCUCUUUCUUGGAACCACAGAAAUCUGUACAACUUGCAGGGGCCGCGGAACGGUUUUCAAAGUGGGGGCUGACCAUGCAAAAAAUCACAAUCAUAUGGUCAUUUUACGUUUUUUUGUACGCGGUCCCUGACUUGGAUGAAGUUUACCUUAGGGAAGGUGGACUUUGGAAGACUCAACCACACCAUACAUCAUGGAUGAUCUGUGAUUGAGUUUGUAAGAGAAAGAUGACGUAAACUAAAGGAACAUGUAGAAAGAGUCUGAAUGCAUGGGGGCAUUGUGGUACAGUGGUUAAGACUUUUGUCUUUCAAUCUUUAAGGACGUGGGUCCGAUUCCAAGCCAUGGCAUGUUUUCCUUCAGCAAGAAAUUUACCUGCAUUGUGCUGCACUCAACCCAGGUGAG